AUGACUUCAGAGGAGGAUCUCGCGUGGUUUCAAUCAACCUUUCGUCCUAUCCCAAAACCAGAGCUUCCGGACGACGCGGUCGAAUACUCAAUUUAUCAUAUUUCGCCCUCCCCCGCCCCCACCGUUAUCGAUGAGGCUGCCGAGACCCGAGCGCGAUUGUUGGAGGUGCAGCGUACAGCAGCUGACUUGACCAAAGAUCUGCUCAAGGACUAUAUCUGGCAGCGUGAGGCUUUUCGAUUGGAAAUCAAGAAAGAAGAUGGAAUCACCUGUUUACAGGGUCGCACCAACUUUGGCGACUCUAUCGAAGAUGAAUGGGUCAUUGUGUACAUUCUCCGCGAAUUGACCAAGCGUCAUAAAGACAUAUGGGUCAAAGUAAUGGACGGUGAUGGCGAGUUUCUUCUCAUCGAGGCUUCGGGAACGAUACCAGCAUGGAUUGAACCAGAUGUCGCAGACAAUAGGGUGUGGAUUCACCAAGGAGAUCUCCGAAUAAUCAAGCCGAAGCGGGAGACGCAAGGACAGGUCACUGAGAAAUUAUCGCUUCCAGAGGCACGAACGAUUCUCCGAGACGAGCCCGGUCGCCUUCUUCACUCAACAAUAAUCCAAGAAGAGGCCUUCUUCCGUCUGCGCAAAUACCCUCAACAGAUCAGCGAGAAUCUGCACUCCGCCAUCAUCACAAUCCCCCGGAAGGCUGCGUUCCUCCUACAUCAAAAGCCAGCAUAUGUCUCACCUGCUGUAGAGGCGUUCUACGUUCGCGACCCAAUCGCCUUGCGUCCUUUACGAUCGAAAGAUGCCUCCAACCUCGUUUUUAAGCCAGAUGACUUGGUAGACGUCAGCGUGCGGUUCACGCGUGUCGGCUUUGCGCAGCUCAAAAGCCAGGAAUUCCCUGUACCGAAUACGUGGCUGGGAAAGCUGCCCUCAACCGACGAUCGAACAGCGUACGACCGCGCGGAAACUGGAAUGAAACUUGCGUGUGGGUUGGAGAUGCUGCUCUACGACCCCCAGAAUCAAGACAAGGCCGCAGUCAGGGAAAUGAAACUCCUGCUGGAGGAUGUGGAGACAGGAGAUGAAAUUCUUCCCACUGACCAAGAUAUUCAAGAGACCUGGGAUAAGCCAGAUGAUGAUCAAAAAUGGCUUGAUAUCAACUUUGAAGAUCUGGAGACAGAGCUCAAAGGAAAAGGCGAAGGGAAAAAAGCAGCAGCUGGUGAUUUUGGUGACGCUGGUGCACAAGAAAAUCUCCAACGGAUCGUUGCCCGCUUCGAAGAGUUCCUAAAUGAUAAUUCGGCGGGCUUCGAUGGUGCCGAUUUCGUCGAUGACUUUAACUCCGAUUCUGAUGUCGACGAGGAUGACGAUGACGAUGAGGAAGUCGACAGCGAUGGCGAAGAUAAAGAUGCAUCAUUCAACGAGGACGAAUUUGCAAGAAUGAUGGAAGAGAUGAUGGGAAUGCCAUCUUCAUCUGAUUCCAUUCGUAAACGCGUGCAGGAGUUGGACUCAGAUGGCGAAGAUGAUACGGAGGAGAUCAAGGAGCUUUCCCGCCGGAUGGAGGCGGAGUUACAAGGGACGGGAGUGCUAGAUCUUAACGGGCGCCAGCAUAAAAUGUCUACCGGCAAAGCAGGUACAUCCAAAGGGAAGGCUGCCCAGACGACCAACGAAGAUGAUGAAGACGAUGAAGAUUACGAGGAUGACAACAUCAAUAUCAACCUGGCAAAGAAUCUACUGGAGAGUCUUCAGAGCCAAGCCGGUGCUUCUGGUCCGGCGGGGAAUAUGCUGGCAAUGAUGAACAUGCGCAUGCCGAAAGCCGAUCGCCCUUGA